UUGAAAACUUUCGGAAGUAGUUCAGGUGAAGCAGUUUCGCGCAGGUAGCCGUCUGAGAGGAGCGGUCCGAGGGUCUAGGAGGGAGGCAAGAUAGUCCGCGCCCCAUCCGUGUGUGCCAGCCGUAUGUCCAAAGCAAUUCUUCUCAGAAGCGGGCUGAAGGAGAAGAACAAGUGUUAAAAAUGUCAAGUGGAUACGAUACGGAGAAGGGACAGCCUGUCAAAUCCAAUAGUCGCCCCAUCGUCUUCGCUCUUCUAGGAGCUGCCGUCGUCAUUGGCAUCGGGCUGGCGGUUGGUCUGUGGUUGGGUCUUCGGUUACGUGAAGUCAAGCCGUGUGAACUACCCAGUGACAUCAAACAAAGCCAGAAGACAUGUGACACACCCAGUGGCGGUGAGCAAGGCCGGCAGUACAAGUCCGGUCAUGGCGAGUACCGCUUCGCCACCGUGGCGGCCGACUCGGCCCUCUGCUCCAAGAUCGGGACCGAAAUCAUGGGCCGCAAGGGAGGUAACGCCGCCGACGCAGCGAUUGCCACGGUUAUCUGUGGAGGACUUAUGAACGCCCACAGUGCCGGCAUAGGAGGCGGGGCCUUCAUUGUCUUCUACAACAGGACCUCCGGACAGGCCGUCGCCAUCAACGCACGAGAGACAGCGCCUGCUGCCGCCUCUCAGGACAUGUUCGUGAGCAACCCACUUUUGUCGACUUUCGGGGGUCUGGCCAUCGGGGUGCCGGGGGAGCUGAAGGGCUUGUGGCGGCUGCACCAGGAUCAUGGUUUUCUCUUCGACUCCAAGAAGGAGGUUGUGCCACCCGGCACCCUGAUUCGCAGGGAGAAGCUGGCCCACACUCUACAUAUCAUCGCCGAUGAGGGAGUUGGUGCUUUCUACAACGGGACGCUUUCACAGAUGAUCGUGGACGACAUCCGCGAUAACAAUGGCACCAUCACUAGGGAGGACCUGGCUGACUACACUGUUGACGUCGCGUCACCGUUCACCUUCAACGUUUCGUCAUCUGGGUUGAGAGUGUACUCCAUGCCGCUACCCGGCAGUGGAGUGGUGCUCGGGUACAUCUUUAACAUCUUGUCUGGCUAUGGGUUCACCGCGGACAGCAUGUCGACGACAGACAAGGCGGUUCUCACCUACCACCGCAUUGUAGAAGCCAUGAAGUUCGCUUACGCCAAGCGGUCAGAACUGGGCGACCCCAAGUUCCUCAACAUUUCACAGGUAGUACUUAAUAUGACGUCACCGGAAGUAGGGCAGGAGAUACGCGCCAAGAUCAGCGACGACCACACACACGACAUCCCUUACUACGAGCCGUCUUUCUUCAACAAGAAUGAGCAAGGCACUUCCCACCUCUCAGUGCUUGACGGUGAGGGCAACGCCGUGGCCAUCACCACCACAAUUAACCUACAAUUCGGCUCCAAGAUGAUAGGAUACAGGACGGGUAUCAUCUUCAACAACGAGAUGGACGACUUCUCCACCCCGAACACCAUCAACGCGUUCGGUGUCCCCGCCUCCCCGGCCAACUUCAUCCAGCCUGGCAAGCGACCUUUGUCCUCCAUGAGUCCAAGUGUUUUCGUUGACCAAACAGGAGAGGUCAAACUGGUGGCUGGUGCGUCUGGUGGGACCAAGAUUACGACAGCUACUGCUAUGACGGCGAUCAGAACGCUUUGGCUUAACAACUCGUUAGUGGAAGCGGUGGAGGAUUCUAGAGUUCACCACCAGUUGUUUCCGCCUGAGAUUCACGUGGAUCCAGGUUUCCCGAAGGACGUUCAAGAUGGUCUUGUUGCCAAAGGACACAGAAUAGCUACGCAUAUUGGCUCUAAGGUGCAGGCCAUCUUGAAAGACGGCAGUCGACUAUACGCAGUCUCUGAUUGGCGGAAGGGAGGAGCUCCAGAUGGAUAUUAAUCCAUUCAAUAUGACAUCACUCUCCUCACCCAAAUAAUUUGCCACUCCUCCUAUCCACCGACCCAAAAUCAUUGCAGGGUGGAAGCGCUUCUUUCCAAACGGACUCCGUCCCUCCACCUCGUUUCUGUCUUUCUGUUACUUUUCCUGAUCCCACACACAAAAAGCCUCCACCCCAUCCCGCCACAAAUUUAUCAAAGCAUCGUGUAACCAUGGCUUAAAUAAUUCUCUAGUAUAAUAAAUAGCCCUUUGAAUGGCAGGGGUGUUAACAACACCGCUAUUUAAUUGUAGGAAUGAUUAUUCUCCUUUUAUAGUCCAGUUAGUACAAAGCUCUUGUCACCAAGACGACGAGGAUUAUAUUCCGCCCCCGUCACACUCGAAUUCCCUCUGGGUGGGUGUUACCUAGUGAUGUUCAGUGAUGUAGCUUUAGUUUUGAUUCUUCACUGAACUGCAACUGAUUUUUUUGAAAAAGAUGUUGAUGGUGGGUUUAUUAUAAAUAUGGCUCAGGCCAGGAGGUGGCAUGCACUCUGGCAUGUUUAAUGCCUGUGUGACGCGGUGGGCUUCUCUCAGUCGACCCAGGUGUUAAACGGGUACCUGACACCGAAGAAGCUUGUGAAGGUAAAGCAACGAGAGAUAGAGAGGAGAUGGAUAGACGAAAUACAAUGCUGUUCACGAGGAAAGCGAGUUGCCCGACGACCGAAAACUUAUCAAGCUACUUUAAACUCUUACUUGUUUGUUAACCAGUUAGUUAAUCUCGUUUACUCAAUUCAAACAGUUUCCAUUUUCACUAAUAUAUAUGUAUGUAUGUUUCUGCGCGCGUGUGUGUCUCAGAGUUGAGGGUGAGCAUAUCUAACCUACCUUGUAGUCAGAUGCGUGUGUGUUAUUGUUUACAAGUCGCAAUGUCUGUUGUAAAAAAAGAGAAAUUCUUUCCUUACCAAAAAA